AUGGCGGCCUCGAAGCUGGUGCUGUCGCUGCUGGUUGCAGCUCUCCUGCUGCACGUGGCCACCAUGCUGAAGAUCAGCGCCUUCAACAUCAAGGCAUUUGGGGACAGCAAGAUGUCCAACCAGACUAUCGCAGAUAUCAUUGUCUCUAUCCUGAUGGAGUACGACAUCACCUUGGUGCAGGAGGUCCGGGACGCCGACCUGAGUGCUGUGAAGAAGCUCAUGGACCGGCUCAACAGUGCCUCACUGCACCCAUACAGCUUUUUGGACAGCAUCCCCCUGGGUCGGACCAGCUACAAGGAGCAGUACCUCUUCGUCUACAGGUCAGACAUGGUCUCCGUGCUGGGAAGCUACUACUAUGACGAUGGCUGCGAGCCCUGCGGGACCGAUACCUUCAGCAGGGAGCCCUUCAUCGUGAAGUUCUCCUCACCCACCACACAGGUGGAGGAGUUCGUGAUGGUGCCCCUGCACUCCGAGCCCAGCAGUGCGGCUGAAGAGAUUGACGCGCUCUACGACGUCUACACUGACGUCGUCAACAAGUGGGCGACUGACAACGUCUUCCUCCUGGGUGACUUCAAUGCCGACUGCUCCUACGUGACCAGCACCCAG